GACAACUGGCACAUGGGAUGAGCUGGUUAACGUGAUCUUGAGCUCUCAGCGCUAUCCAGCGACAGUUGUUGAAUUUGUUUAACGCGCGAGUUUUAUGCCUAGCGCGCGAAGCACACGUUUCACGAACUGAGUAUGGAUCAAACUGAAUUAGCUGUGUUGGCUUUAUUGGCUAUUGUGGAAGAUGAACGGAGAAAACACCACAGAAUUUUAUGGACACGCCAGUGGAUUCGGCAGCGCGAUAAUGGUAGAGGAACAAUUCAUAUGCUGCACAAUGAACUGAGAUUACAAGAUGCAGUGUCUUUUCGGAACUUCGCCAGAAUGGAUGAAGACGUGUUUUCGAAGUUACUGCGUGUAAUUGGUAGUGACAUUUGUCGCCAAGACACCAACAUGAGACAAUCGAUAAAACCAAGUUAUCGACUGGCAGUCACUUUAAGAUUUUUGGCGACUGGAGAAACGUUCCAGUCUCUGGGUUAUGCAACAAGAAUUGCGCCAAAUACAUUGUCAAAAAUCAUCCCAGAAACGCUGCAGUCAGUUCUUAAUAAUUUGGAAAACAAGUGCAUAAAGGUAAUGUGUACCUUUCACGUAUUUAGUACUAAUUGGCUACGGUAAUGCUACUUU